UCUAACAUGGCGGCGUGCUGAGAAAUGCGUUUUCACGAUGAUGCGCUUUAAAUUGAGUGGAUUUCCUUGUUAUUAAGAGAAACCUGACGAAAUAUUGAUCAUUUCAAGAAUGGAGUUGAAAAGCGACAGAGAACUUAAGCUUGGCUUUAAGCCUCAGCACGAAACUGUGUACAAUAAACUUCUUCCUUACGCCAGUGACAUUGACGUGGAAUCGAACAAGCUGCUCGCGGAGAUCAAGGGAAAUUUGGCCCGUACCGUUCUCCUCAGGGAGCUCCGACCUGGUGCUGUGUUCUGGAUUGCCCGGCUGAACACGUACAUGACAUUGUAUGGCCACAAGUUUUCCAAGGAGGACCAUGUGUUGUUGAUCAAGCUGGUGUACGAAUUGAUUAUGAUUCCAGACCUGGAGCUGGCCCUUCUUGACAAGUUUUCAGCCAACCUCUGUCGCCUUCUCAAAAAGCGCAAAUUGCUCUCCAGAGAAGAUCUGGUGUUGCCAUGGAGACCUUUCCAUGAAUUGGUGGAACAAGUGUUGUGCUCCCAGUAUGAAGAUCUGGGACUGGUUUGGUUUCCGAGGACCUUGGAAGCAAAUCUGAAGAAUGUAGUGAGAUCUGUAAGGCCCUACUUCCCAGUAGAGAGCACCCAGGAGAUGUUAGAUGAGUGGAGACCGUUGCUCUGUCCCUUCGAUGAGUCCAUGAAUAAAGGCAUCGCUUACCUGGAGUUGUUCCUCCCAACACUCUUGCCACCAGAGCAACACCAGUUUGGUUUCAAGCUGUGGUUGGAUGAGCUUCUGGGCAUAUGGGACUCGCCACACAACGGCAUGACAUGGGAAGGGAAACUGGUUGAGCUUUUUUCAAGGGUAGCCAGCAACAACAUUGGAUACAUUGAUUGGGAGCCCUACAUGCCAAAGAUCUUCACUCGCUUCAUGCGUGGACUAAACCUUCCCGUCGGAGCCAAGAAACAGCAGGUCAGCAGCCAAAUCAAAGGAUUCGACACUAGCGUUGCUGCAACUUGGAUUGUGUCCAUACUGGGCCACAGUAAGACAUGUCAGGAGCAUCUUUCCAACUUCUUCAAUGCUGUUGAGUCCUAUUUCCACCCAUCCAACAUUGGCAAAUACACACCUAAAUUGCAGCCAAUCCUGUCUCAUCUGCCAUCUGCUUUCACAAAACGGCUGCGAAGGGAGAGGUACAAGGAGCCAUCUUGGGUCCAUCCUGUCCCUGACUCCCACAAGUUGAGUGACGAUGACAUCACCGCCUUUGUGGAGUGUCUGAAGCCCUCCGUGUUCCUGGCCAUGUACAGCAAGAUUGGUAGCAUGGAAGCAGCCAGUGCCCUGCUGCACAUGGCCCGCGUCAGGCCUGAACUUGUCUUGCCACAGCUCUUGGAAAAAACCUACACUGCUUUGGAUACUCUGAUAGAGCCGCACCAGCUCAUUGCUACGGUCAGCUGCGUGGUGUCUGUGUCUAGGAGUCUCUUGAGGAGCACCAAGUGGUACCCAGAGGGACCCACCCACCUGCUCCCGCUGCUGAAUGCAAUGCUGCCCGGCAUCGACCCCAACGAUUUUGCCAAGUGCAUGAUCACAUUUCAGACCAUCUCAACGUUCAUCUCGUUGGUACCGCUGGUGGACUGUUCAGAGGCACCCCUGGUCAGGGAUGACCUGACUGAGCAAGAGAGAGAGCUGUGCUCAGCAACGGCUGGCUUUGAAGACUUCAUCCUGACAUUCAUGGAUAGGUGCUUCAGUCUGAUUGACAACAGCAGCAUGGAACACACCAGGUCACAGGACAGCCUGAAUCCCAAUAGGGCCAACCAGCAGGAGAGCUUGGUGGAUGUAGGUCUGACGUCCACCUUCAGCACCAUUGUGACACAGAGCUCACCUCAGUUGUACAAGGUUGCCCUGGAUAAGCUGUUUUCCUUCGUAGCAAACAAAGUGCUGGAGACCAAAGUAGCUGGCAAGAUGGUGGCUCAUAUGUGUCGGUCAGCAGCAAAGGCCAAUGCUAAAAUGGCUCUGCAUAAGUUCAUCCCUCACUGCAGUGGUAUCAUCCUCAAUCUGACAGCCUCUGAGGACGUCCAGUUGGAAGAACAUCUAGAUGGAGAACUCCUCUUCAAUCUCCAGAUUUUAUCCGAGAUUGUCCAGUGUCCCAGCCAGGAGCUUCUUGAGCACCAGUACUUGGUUGACGUCCUGCAAUCCACCCUCCAUCUAACCUGCAAGGAGGGUUAUGGGUUCGCCUGUACCCUCUUGAAACACACCCUCAAGGCCUGCUGUACGAUCUACCCGAUGGAGCACUGCAGUGUACCUGGAGGACUAGACAGACCACUCAAUGAGUACCUGCCAAUUAGGGACUGGGGUACGUCUACCAGCAUCGACAACCUGGACAUAAAGUGGCAUCUACCGACCGAGAGGAGUGUCACAGCCCUCAAAGACCUGAUGAAGAUGUUCUUCAAUCCGGAGAUUUCCAAGAUUCAGGAUUUCAUCAAGGGGCAAGAGCUUUCCAGGGAGCAACUUCUUCAGAGCCUUACCAUAGUUCAUGAGACCCUCGUGGGUGCUGGCUUUGUGAUACCCAGGUGGAAUAAACCUGUUGUACCUAAUUUAAUCGACACUAUCAAUGAAGAGAGAGGCCCCUUCUUAAUGCAAGUUGGCAUCUCAGAGUUCAGUUCAGCCUUCGCCGGUAUGCGGGAAGAGCUGAUCCUUGUCGUACACGAUCUGAUGAACCACAUGCUGGCAACUGGGGAAGAUGACACCAAAGCUUUGCGGCUUGUGUGCAAGAUCCAGCAUGCCUUGCUGUGGUACACGGGAGCUCUCAAGCAGCGAUUUGAUACUCGCAUGAAAAGUUGGAAGAUGAUCAGGAAAGCCAUCGGGGACAAACUUCAUGGCAAGAACCGUUUGAUACGUGCCCUCCUGAUUGACCGGGUUCAGAUACAGCACGACCAGCGAAUACUGCAUCAAGUGAAGUAUGUCACCUACUCCGACGUGGACCGAAUGGUCCUCCACGACCUAACUACGCUGUCCAUGAGCAGAUACAGUGAGGUCCGUAAGGCUGCUCAGAAUAUCCUGUUUGAGAGCAUAGAUCACCUUACAUACAGCCGCUAUGACAUCAUUCCCAAAGUUCUAGAAAAGCUUCGGGAAGAUGAAAGCAUCUCCCACCACACCUUCAAGGGUGCUCUGUACAUUCUUCAGGCCGGGGGGAUGGGCACGCUAGCCUGCGUCCACGACUGGGAACUGAUGCAGAAAUGCUGGACGGCCCUGGUCAAGGCCGGUCACUCAGAGAAGCUGUCCAUUAUGAAAGUGAUUGAUGGGAUAACGGCAAAGAUACACAGGAUCUAUGAUACGCUGGCCAUCAGUAUCCAGGUGCCUCAAGGUUGCAUAGACGUGGCUGGCCAGCUGCUCAGGUCUGGCAGCCCCUCAGCAGUAGUUUCAGCACCCACCUCCGAAGAAAUGGAACAGGCCAUUGUCAGGCUGAAGAACAAGAGUGAAAAGAACCUGAGCAUCUACACCAACAUGGUCACGUCCUUAGCUGAGCUGGUUGAACAAGGAAACCUACGCUGGAAAUUUUCCCAGAUGGCCACCGGGAUGCUGAAACUUCUGGUGAGGCCGGAUGCCCCUCCUCCAGUACCCAUGGUCCGCUUGUUCACAAACUUCCUUGUUGAUGAUACGCUAGCAGUUCGCAAGGUGGCAAUUGCUGCCCUGGGGGCAAUCCUGAAGGUGCUGAAGCGGCCCCACAAGACGGUGCCUCUUGACCCCUGUGCCGUCUCAGGCACUACCCCACCCCUGGGGAUAGCCCCCGGGAUCAGGCCAGACAACCAGUGGCACUUCUACGAUUCAUCCCGACUGCCCAAGACAGAGGCGGAGUGGGACGCUUGCGCCUUUGUGGAGAAGACUCAUUGGGGUUACUACACAUGGCCAAAGAACAUGUUGCAAUAUGCUCCUUACAGCGAGCAACCCAAGCUGGACAGGUCAAGAGAAGAAUUAUCAGAGAAUGAGAAGAUCAUCUUUGACUGUUUCUCGAAUGAAAACUUUGUGGAGAAAUUAGUUGGGUACCUAUCCUUGGAGGAUCGGAAGGGCAGAGACAAAUUCAGUGCAAAGAGAUUCGUUCUGUUCAAGGGACUAUUCCGUAAUUUCGGCGACACCUUUCUACCCGUCUUCAAGCCCCACCUGAGCAGGCUGGCCCAGAGCAAGCAGGAGAGUGACCAGCGAUGUCUGGCGGAGAUUGUGGCUGGGCUGGGCCGGGGCAGUAAGCACUGGGGCUUCACCAAGACAUCCCAACUCUGGGAGUUCCUAGUGCCCAUCUUGAGGACUGCCCUCUCUCAGGUUACUGUAGAAACCCGUAACGAUUGGGGUACUUCCAUCUCAACCAUGUGUGAGAGCAGAGACCCGCGCAAGCUACACUGGCUCCUGGAGACCAUGAUGGAAUUCCCCACAUUUGUGGAAAGUGGCUCCUUCCUGGAGGCUACCUGGUUGUGGAUCCUACAGGGCAGUCUGGCCCAGCAAGAAUGGAGAAUACCUGAACUCUUACAGCAACUGCUGGACCAUCUGGAAAGAAACCUGGCACACAGCUACAAGAACGUUCGAAAUCAAAUCGGCAGUGCCUUGGGCAUCGUAUUCUUGUAUGACUGUGCUCUGCCUAAUGGCUGCCCCUCCUCGCCCCACUCGGAACCCUUCUUAGACCGCGUCCUUCCACGGCUUGCACCCCUGCACGACCUGGACGCUUCCCAGUCUGCGGAGGGCACCAACCACACACUGGCCCCUCUGAACGGCAAAGAUACGCAAGAGAGGGAGGAUGCCAUCAAAACUUGUAAAACAGUAAUGAAAUGUACCCUUAAUCGGCUUUUUGCCCCAACGUCACCAGGGGUCUACAAGUUUCUUCCCUUGGUAGCACCUCUUGAGAGUUAUGAAAGUGAUGAAGAGCUGAGUCAGCUGAGCCGAUGGUGGAUGGACGCCAUGGCCAAGACCCUGCUUACACCAGACGUUGUGCCAGUGGUGCUCCAUGCACUGCAACAGAUAGCCCAGGGAACCUCGUGGAGGGCGAAGGUGAGCCUCCUAGCCUACCUCCAAGUCAUGGUCUACUACAACCUGUUUACUGUCAGCAGCCAGUCACAGUGUGUAGCCACGAUACAUCAGCUAGUGCUGGAUCUCUUGAAAGAUGACCGACUGGAGGUAAGAGAGAUGGCAGGUACCACGCUGAGUGGGCUGCUUCACUGUGGUGUCUUCUCCAUUGAGCCCAAGCUGCAGAGUCACUUUGAGAACCUGUGCAAGACCAGACUGCCCUCCAAGAAGGUGCGGCUACAGAGUGACCUCAACAACGAUGAGUUUUCAGCGUCAGUUGUCCAACGUCAUGCGGGAAUCAUUGGCCUGAGUGCCUGCGUCCAGGCCUACCCGUACGAUGUACCAGACUGGAUGCCCGGUGUUCUCAUGGACCUCACCGAUCACCUACAUGACCCCCAGCCCAUAGAGAUGACUGUGCGUAAGACCCUGUCCGACUUUAAGAGGACCCACCAUGACAACUGGCACGAGCAUAAACAGCAGUUUACAGAUGAUCAGCUGGUUGUACUAACUAAUCUACUCGUGUCACCAUGUUACUAUGCUUAGAGGGAUAAACCUGGUUAUAGAUAGAUUAUUGUACAUUAACUCGGGUUAAUCAAUCUGUAGUGAUCGAUUGGCUUGUUCUAUGCCUGGAGGUUAAACCUAGUUAAAGAUAGAUUAUGAUACAGUAAGCCUAACAGUCUUCAAUCCUCCAAUUCCAGUUUGAUUUUACAUUCACCCUAUGGGGUUAGGGGUAAUUAGGAUUUAUCAGUUCACUGUGAGUUAUCAAUUGUCCUGUUACUAUGCCUGGAGAUUAAACCUUGAUAAAACUGAGAUUAUGGUACUUUAAUUAGGAUUAAUCAAACCGCAGUUAGCAAUUGCCCCUGUUUCUGUGCAGAACAAGAGACAAUAUUCUUCUAGAUAUUUUAGUGAAAAGCCAUCGUGGAAAGGCAUUUGUUUGUUUUUCCAACGCUGUUAGUGGGUUCCUAUGGUGCAUCCAAAUGCUUUCUGUUACAUGGUACAAUGUUAUAUUUUAGAAAACAAAUUCUACAGACAAAAUUAUAAGGAUUUUUUAUGGGGUUGUUUAUUUGAGACACAUUCAAACGUAGCUCACCCACCAAUACAUUUCUAUCCUGGUGAAAAAAAUACAAGUGAAUAUGUUUUAUUGGGAUUUCCAGUUGAUUUCAACAUGAGGAAGAAGAAAAAACGUUCAUUUAUCCUUGUCACUGAAUGAACUUUUAAGUUUACCGAUUGCAGGGUUUUAUAUUUAAUUGAUUUGACAGGGUCGGCCAAUGUGUGAAUUGAUUCUGAACAGCAUGGCUUCCAUGAUUGCUUGAAAUGUCCCAGGAACUUUGUUUCCUGAGAAUAUUUUAUCGGUACAUGUGUUUAUAGUGCAAGCACACUAAGCAGCAUAGUGAACAGUUUUCUUUGUCCAGCAGUGACUUCAAAUCGGGCUGAGACCAUUCAGCAUUCACAACAUAAGCUUUACAGGAACGUGCAUGAACCUUUGGGCUUUGCACACGGGCAGUGUAUGGGAGGUACCCCUGGUGUUGAGGGUAGGCCAAGCUUCUUUCGUGGUCCUGCUGAAUUCCUUGUUGCUAACCUGAAUAAUAUAUGCAAUGCUGUCUCUGCCCCCGAAACAUUUGUUUACACAACAGGCUGGGGAGACCCAACUUGAAUAAAGGGUAAAAUCAUAGCUUUGGGGGAUUUUUUUCCAAAGGGAAAUAAAGCCUGGCCGAAGAGUAGUCUCCUUUUCAAGAUUUUCCCGUAGGAAGGUACAUGAUGUAUCCCCAGAAUGCUGUGUAAUAAAAAGUAAGGCCCCCACUAAUGGCUGUAAGCAUUGCGCUUUUGUAGGAAGCCACUGGUCUGCUAAAGUCACUUGGUACAAAACCCAAUGCUAUCCACCAGAGCUCUGCUUUCCGCCAUUGGAGGGGGCCAUCAGGAAUGUUUAGUGAAACAUCACGGGAUUCGUCUAUACAAGUGGAGUGUGGACCAUGAAUGGAAGCGAUAGGCAGUCUGGCGUCAAAUGCUUUUCUCUCCACUUGCCUUACUCGGCUGUUACCUGCAGAUGUCGACCUGUUUGGUUCAGAAAACCAGGCUGUUAUUAAAUGGAAAUUAUAAAUUAACAUAAUAAGGCCACUCCCGAUUUCCCUCGAGAAACUAGGCUGUAGUUGUUCAAGUUCUCCAAAUUGCUGAACCAGUUGCACUUAUAAAUAGAACAGAGAUUAGGAAUUUUAUGUAGUUUAAAAUGAUUCACUAAAAUUGACAAGUAUAGUUUUACUGAUCAUAAACACAAUUUCCAUGAGCUCACAGAAUGCAUUUAUUAUGCAGGGUGGUGUAAAGUAAUGGUUGCUGCCCUAGUUGAAGAAUCUGUCUCAGUAAUCUUGCACUGCGAGAUGUUGGAUUUAUGAAGUGGUUUCGGGCUGAUUUCAGAACAAAAAAAAAAGUAUGCUUCUCGGGGCAUCUUGCAAAGUUCACUGUGAUCUGUUCACAGUUUUGUUUUUUUUAGAACUUGAGUUGAUUUCUUUCGAUUCAGUUGCUAAUAUUAAGGGUUUUCCCUGGUCUUUCCUGUAAAAAUUCCAUUUAUGGUGUUUGAUGGGAUAGUUAUACUUUAAUAGAACACAUUAAAGCCACAUAGCAAGAAAUGAACGAAUUUGUCUCUUGACAGCCACCGACCCAAGACCUACCUCAUACGCACCCCGGGCUCGUCGCCCGUUGAGACCAGCCGGUUCCAGGCUGAGUCUUGUUUCUGUACCCAACUUUAUUCAGUUUGACCACGCCCGAUUAGGAGCAGUGACAAUUACAGCUUUCAAUCAUGCUUGGAAUACUGACAUCCAGUAGAACCGAAUAGCCCCCUCCCUGUAGGAACUAUUUAAGACUCCUAUUAAGAGCAUGAAUUUAUUUUAUUCACAACUACCCCUGCACUCUUUACGAAGUGGACAGUGUUAUGUUGAAAAGAGAAGGGCCUGUAAUAGGCCUUACAGCUGGUGGUUUGGAUAUUUCCUGUGUGUAAUAAACCACUGUUGAGAUUACAACAGAAAUUUAGUA